GAUCACAUGAAAGAGAUUUAGACCAUUUGAUAAAAUAUCAGAUUCUGUUUUACAUUAUGCAACGAAUUGCUCUGGUAUUUCUAUCUGCCCUGCUCAUAUUCUGGGCAUUUCCUCCUUCAACUGCUGCGAGUCGACUGAGACAAUUCUACAUAGGAUCAGGUAGAAUGAUUAGAACCACUGCCGAGGAAGAAUGCAGAAGAAACUACACCGAUCUCGUCACAGUUUAUGACCAUCAGGACAAUAAGGAACUAACUAAACUGCUCAGUGCCACUCGUUCUAGUGGCUGGAUUGGUGCUUCUAUAGGAAAGAAGAGUAAGAAAUGGUCAAAUGGUGAUGAUGUCACAUUUGACAAUUUAACAGGAAAUUGUGGGAAAACAUGCUGUGCUACUAUGAAAGCUGAUGGAGCAUGGGAAUCUCUCCAAUGCAAUCAGACAAAACACUUUAUGUGUUAUGAAAAAGAUGGUGGGCAAGAAUCAUACAACUACAGUUUAAUCCAUGAAGAGAAAACCUGGUUUGAGGCUCAGCUGUACUGCAGAGAGAAUCACACUGAUUUAGUCUCUAUCAGAAAUGAUGAGGAAAAUAAUGAGGUGAAGAAGAAAAGAGAACAGCAUAACAAUCCUUUCUGGAUCGGCCUGCUGGUGGACAGAGUGGAGUGGGCUGAUGGAGGACAAUCUGCUUACAGAAACUGGAAAACUCAACAUCUGGAUAGCCUGGAUCCUGAAGCUUAUAUUGGUAAUGAUGGGGAAUGGCAAAAACAAUCUGAUCAUGAAGCCCACCCUCUGUGCUACGAAAGCUUCAUUCAUGUGAGCACUGAUGAAAAGACCUGGGAGGAGGCUCUGGAUUAUUGCAAAAGUAAUAAGAAUACAACUGGACUACUGACCAUUCAGUCUCAGAGUGAUCAGACAGAAAUAGAUCGAGAGCUAAAAAAAACAGUUCAUAAUAUCUCCGGGCCAAUGUGGGUGGGGCUUAGACAGAGUCGACUUUUCGGAUUCUGGAUUUGGAUCAACGGGGUUACUGUGGGACCCUGGACCAACUGGAAAGGAGGAAGUCAACCAGAACAUCUGCUUUCCCACCACUGUGGAGCCAUAGAGGAGGAGAACGGUCAAUACAAAUGGACUGAUAAAGACUGCAGGUCUAAAUUAGGAGUUUUAUGUGAGGGGAAGUAAUAUAGAGUGCUAACAUAUCCUAUAUUUUUUCUUUAGUGCACGCUCUCUGUCCUUUUCGGAGUGUCUGUUUACACUUUUUCACUUAUUGUGUGUCAUUUCUUAAAACAAAAAUGUAAUUUAAUACAAAACAAUUACAAGUUGUGAAUUAUUCAUCGAAUUAUUUCAUUGCUUCAAGUGGUCCAAUACAGUGCAAUAAUAUAUGUCUUUAAAUAUUGUAAAUUGUAUUAUAUGACAGAAACAAAUACAGAGAGAGAAAUAUAAAAUAUAAGCUUUGUUCUGCUUCGUCAGCUUUGUUUUUUAUUUUUUUAUUUGAGAUUUAGCGUAAAUAAAUCUGAAAUCACAGAAUAUGCAAUAAACGGUCAUAAAACUAAAAAAAUAAACAGUUGUAUGCACUUUGCGAUCAGACAUUAUCCCCACUCAGAAGUAUCUGAGAUUUUUUCUAGUGAAUAUAUCAUAUUCUGCUUGUGAUCUUCUGGUAAACUGGACUGAGUUGUAAGUGAAUAAGUAGGUUUUUACUCUGUCUGAAGUGAAUUCUCAUCUUGCAAGGGUUUUUAUUUUGAACAAAUCAAUGACACGAUUUAAAAUUACGACACCAUCUUCUUGCAAAACAACAGGAGAAAGGUUCUAAUUACGUUCCGAUUAAGUGGAACUCCAAGUGACUUAAUUGCUAAUUUCACAAUAUCUGCAUGAGUAAUGAUAUUUCAGACACGUCUCGGGGAAAAGGACAUUGCAAAUGUUUCGGGUUGCAGCCGUAGUUGGAGUUGACAUUCCUCAGGUCUGUCCGCACUUGUUAGGUGACCUUUUUUGACUCAUAGGCAGCAUUGAACAUGAACCAUAUGGUCACCAGAGCUAGUGAGCACUUCAUUAUUAGAGGAUCGUUACCAAUCUCUGGGUGAAUUUAUCAUUUAAAGCUGAAUUUUCAGCAUCAUUACGCCAGUCUUCAGUGUCACAUGAUCCUUCAGAAAUCAUUUGAAUAUGAUUAUUUGAUGCUUAAGAAACAUUUAUGAUUAUUAUCAAUGUUGAAAACAGUUGUGGGACUUCUUAUUUGUGUGUAAAUCAUGGUACUUUUUUUUCAGGAUUCUUUGAUGAAAGCUUAAAAGAACAGCA